UUUAGAUCUACAUUAUAUACACGGAAAAAUCAUGGGUUUGGAAAUAGCCACAUAUUUUGAAAAUAAGACUAUUUUGUCACCGGUGCCACCGGAUUUCUUGCAAAGGUUUUUGUUGAGAAAAUGCUUCGGAUUCAACCGAAUGUGAAGAAACUGUUCCUUCUGGUUAGAGCUGCCGAUGCGAGUUUGGCUGCCAAGAGACUGCAUGAAGAGAUCAUCAAUAAAAGCUUAUUCGGAGUUCUACGAGAGAGGGAGGGUUCAAACAUCAUGGAGAAGAUAGUUGCAGUUGCGGGGGAUGUUUCAUGCGAGAAUUUAGGAAUCCGUGAUUCCCAGAUGAGUAAGGAGGUGCAGGAAGAAAUCGACAUAAUUGUCAAUUCAGCAGCAACCACCAAUUUCAAUGAAAGAUACGAUCUCUCACUAGCUAUUAAUACAUUUGGUGCUGCUAACCUCAUGAGCUUUGCCAACAAAUGUGCCAAUGCAAAGAUAUUCCUCCACGUGUCCACGGCAUACGUAUGCGGUGAGAGGGAGGGGCUAAUUCUGGAAAAGCCAUUUCGCAUGGGGGAGACGCUUAACGGGUCUCAUAACUUGGACAUCAAUGCCGAGCAGCAGUUAGCUAUGGGAUUACUGACGGAGCUUCGAGGCAAGAAUGCUUCUGACAGGGAGAUUAGCAAUGCCAUGAAGGAUUUUGGGGUUCAUAGGGCAAGAAUACAUGGUUGGCCAAAUACAUACGCAUUCACAAAAGCAAUGGGGGAGAUGCUUUUAGGGCAUCUAAAGAAGGAACAUUUGCCUUUGCUUGUGUUUCGUCCGACCAUCAUCACUAGUACCUUGAAGGAACCGUUUUCCGGUUGGAUUGAGAAUUUCAGAACCUUGGACAGCAUUGCAUUUGCUUAUGGUAAAGGAAAACUCAAGUUCUUCUUGGCCGAUCCCCGUGCGAUAAUUGACAUUAUACCAGUCGACAUGGUAGUGAAUGCCAUGAUAAUGGGAACGGUGAUAAAUAGUCAUCACAAGCAGCUUUCUCCUCACAGUGAAGGCGACGAGCCCAUCAUAUACCACCUGGGUUCAUCCUCGAGAAACCCGAUCACAUUUGCAACUAUUCAGAGCCUAACAAGGCAAUAUUUUGUAAAGAACCCAUGGAUCAAUGAAGAUGGAAGGCCCGUCAAGGUCCGCAAGGCUAGAGUAAUAAGCAGCAUAUCCAACUUCCGAAUCUACAUGACCCUCCGCUACUUAGUCUUCAUCAAGGUACUAAGAUUGGCAAGUUCAGUGUUGUGCUUGCGAAAGCACGAGGAGUUGUACCUGAAUAUGAAUCGAAAGGUGAAAGUGGCUCUUAAAUUGUCAGACCUCUACAAACCCUACGUUUUCUUCAAGGGAAUAUUUGAUGACUCAAAUACAGAAGCACUGAGAAAGGAAGCCAAGGAGAGGGGAGUGGAUUUGGAAACCUUCAAUUUUGAUCCCAAAAGCAUCAUUUCUUGGGAGGACUACCUCAUCAAAACUCAUUUUCCCGGGAUUCAUCUAGCAAUAAACACAAAUAAAUGAUCUUUACUAUGAAGUCUAUGAUACAUACACUUAUAAUAUCAUAAACAAUGUCCCAGCAUGCAUCCUGCCGUGCCAUCAUGCAGUAAUUUACUUGAAUGUACUGUACUUAUAUUUUUCUACUAAGGUAUUGUAGAUUAAUCCCCUC